CGGCGGCGGGCGGGGGUGAGAGGUGAGCGGCGGCCGCCCCGGGAGGAGGAUGGUGGGAGCGGCGGCGUCCUGCGCUCUGGUUGGAAGUGCUUUGGACACAUUAGUUUAAUAUCCAGCUCCUGGGUGAUUUGGAUCCAAGAUCCUAUAAGACAAUGUCAACUGGAAGGAUACGGACAAAAAAGAAGUCAUCCUCUUUGGACCAGUCUCCAGAUAACCUUCCUUUGAGGAGUUCUGGGAGACAGGUGAAGAAGAAGGCGGCUGAAGCGGCAGAGGAUGAUGAUGAUGCAUCAGAGAAGAAAUAUAGAAAAUGUGAAAAAGCAGGGUGCACUGCAACAUGUCCAGUUUGCUUUGCAAGUGCUGCUGAAAGGUGUGCUAAAAAUGGCUACACAUCUAGAUGGUAUCAUCUCUCUUGUGGGGAACAUUUCUGCAAUGAGUGUUUUGAUCACUAUUAUCGCAGUCAUAAAGAUGGUUAUGAGAAAUACACUGCUUGGAAAAGGAUUUGGACCAGUAAUGGUAAAAGUGAGCCCAGUCCUAAAGCUUUCAUGGCUGAUCAACAGCUUCCUUACUGGGUGCAGUGCACAAAACCAGAGUGUGGGAAAUGGCGUCAGCUGACAAAGGAAAUCCAGCUGACAUCGCAAAUAGCAAAAACGUACCGAUGUGGUAUGAAACUGAACAAUUCUACUAAGAUUGAGGGCUCGGACCAGUGUUCCAUGCCCGAGGAUCUGAGAGUUGCUGAAGUUUCAGACCAUUGGUGGUACUCCAUGCUCAUCCUCCCUCCUUUGCUUAAAGAUAGUGUGGCAGCUCCUUUUCUCUCUGCGUACUAUCCAGACUGUGUAGGCAUGAGUCCCUCCUGUACCAGCACUAACCGAUUACUUGGUGAAUCCAACGCUGUGAAGUUAGAGCACAUAAGGAGUGCACCUACUGUAGCUGGGAUGAACAGAUACUUCCAGCCCUUCUACCAGCCCAAUGAAUGUGGUAAAGCACUUUGUGUGAGACCAGAUGUCAUGGAAUUAGAUGAGCUCUAUGAGUUCCCAGAAUAUUCACGAGAUCCUACCAUGUACCUAGCUUUGAGAAACCUCAUCUUGUCUUUGUGGUACACAAAUUGCAAAGAAGCUCUUACCCCUCACAAAUGUACUCAUCGCAUCAUUGUGCGGGGGCUUGUGCGUAUUCGCUGUGUCCAAGAGAUGGAGAGGAUACUUUAUUUUAUGGCACGAAAAGGGCUGAUUAAUACAGGGAUUUUGUCAGUCAGUUCUGACCAACAUCUUCUUCCCAAAGAAUACCACAAUAAAUCUGUCAUUAUUGUUGGGGCUGGUCCAGCAGGAUUAGCAGCUGCAAGACAACUGCACAACUUUGGAAUUAAGGUCAUUGUGCUAGAAGCGAAAGACAGAAUUGGCGGGCGUGUGUGGGACGAUAGGACUUUCAAAGGAGUCACUGUAGGAAAAGGAGCACAGAUCGUGAAUGGCUGUGUCAACAACCCGAUAGCACUAAUGUGUGAGCAACUUGGCAUUAAAAUGCACAAACUAGGGGAGAGAUGUGAUUUGAUCCAAGAAGGUGGAAGGAUAACUGACCCCACUAUAGAUAAGCGCAUGGACUUUCAUUUCAAUGCCAUCCUGGAUGUUGUCUCAGAAUGGAGAAAAGAUAAGACCCAGCAUCAAGAUGUUCCUCUUGGAGAGAAGAUACAGGAGAUCUAUAAGGCUUUUAUUCAGGAGUCAGGUAUCCAGUUCAGAGAUCUGGAGGAAAAAGUACUACAGUUCCACCUCAGUAACUUGGAGUAUGCCUGUGGCAGUGACCUCCAUCAGGUAUCUGCACGCUCAUGGGACCACAAUGAAUUUUUUGCCCAGUUUGCUGGAGAUCACACCCUUUUAACACCAGGGUAUUCUACCAUCAUAGAUAAACUGGCUGAAGGGGUUGAUGUUCGACUUAAGCUUCCGGUACACAGUAUAGACUAUUCUGGGGAAGAAGUCCAGGUCACUACAGCAGAUGGAACUGUGUGGACAGCACAAAAGGUUUUGGUUACGGUGCCACUGGCCCUUCUUCAGAAAAAUGCCAUUCAGUUUAAUCCACCACUGCCAGAGAGAAAAAUGAAAGCCAUUAACAGUUUGGGAGCAGGAGUCAUUGAGAAGGUUGCCUUGCAGUUUCCUUAUAGAUUUUGGGACAGCAAAAUUCAAGGAGCUGAUUUUUUUGGUCACGUUCCACCUAGUUCCAGCAAACGUGGGCUUUUCAGUGUGUUCUAUGACAUGGAUCCCCAGGGUAAAUAUAGUGUUCUAAUGUCAGUAGUUACCGGAGAUGCUGUGACAACCAUUAAGAAUUUAGAUGACAAACAAGUACUACAACUGUGCAUGACUGUACUUCGAGAGCUGUUUAAGGAGCAGGACGUUCCAGACCCAGUUAAGUACUUUGUUACACGAUGGAACAAAGAUCCCUGGAUCCAGAUGGCAUAUAGUUUUGUAAAGACAGGUGGCAGUGGUGAGGCUUAUGACGUUAUAGCUGAAGACCUACAAGGAACAAUCUUCUUUGCUGGUGAGGCCACGAACAGGCACUUUCCACAGACUGUUACUGGAGCUUACUUGAGCGGCGUUCGAGAAGCAAGCAAAAUAGCAGCAUUUUGAAUACUGACAUUUGUGUCUAUAUUUUUUUUUAAUUGUUUUCUGUGGGUAAGACUUCCUUCAAUUUCCCCUUUGUUAUCAUUCCCCCAAGUGGUACUAAAAACAGUAUGUGGUAUUUGAGGAUAAAAUCAUCAUCUUUAAUUUUCUUUCAAACCCUGGUACUACAUGAAGUCAUAGUUUUUCCUAAUGUCAUUUUUCCAACAAAGAUAUUAGUAUCUUGUCAGCACUGACAUUGGAGUCUCUUGCUACUGUGGCACACACAGGUCUACUAACAAAGCCUGCUGUGUGAGGCCUUUUUCUAUAUGGUUCAGCCCACGCUAUUUUAGUAAAAUCACCUGUAUUGAAGAAGUUCAGAAUAAGAGAGCAAUUGAUUUCUAUACAGUAUUAAAACAUGGUGGAUUAUGGUGGGGCUCCUAAAUUCAUUUUGUUCUCAGGUUGAUCAUGAUCAGAGUAGAACUUGAACAAACAACCCAAAUCACGGAAUGACAAUGGAGAUGGUUGUAAGAGAGAACAAAAUCAGUUUCAUCUCCCCGCCCUACCCGCAAUAACCUCUUCUGACAUUUUUUCAAUGUACUUAUGGUCCACCAGUCCAGCUUUGGCAUCUCAACUGUGUUCCUUUUUAAAGAAAAACUGCUGGAACAGUUUAUAGUGCAAUCAAAGGGUUAUUGAAGCUAAAAGGUUUUUGAAAAGGAAAAAAGCUUCUAUGUUACAGUAAAAAUGUCUCUGAAAUGUUCUCCAUGCUGCAUAUUCGGAGUUGUACAUGUAGAGGAAUGAUCUUUAUGAUAAGUUUAGGUUUGCUCAGUGUUGAUCAUGUAAGUAGGGUAGCGCAAAAAAAUUGUAUGGGUUUACUUUUUUUCCUUUGAAAGUGAACUUCCAAAUUCACUUGAGCUAAGUAGGUGAAUCACUUACACACAUAAUUGAGAGCUUAAUUGGGGAUAAAGAGGGUGUAAGUUAUUAGUGGCUCAUUCAGCUUUUGUAUUUAAAAUAGGUGAAGAUGAAUGAGGUAAAAUAUUCAUGCUUUUUAUGAAGGGCUGAAAUAAGGUGGCUUGCACUUUGAUUUAGUUUAUUUGAUGGUAGUAUAAAAAAAAAAGACUGGAGUAAUUCAGUAAAGGAUAAGCAGAUACCUAAGAAGUUUUUCCCACAGGGGAAGGCAGCAAGAAAUAAAACACACAGCAUCCACACCCUGCCUUAAUAUCCCAUAGAACAGGGUAAAUGGAACAUGUUUUAAAGUAAAAUUUAAAAAAAUAUUUUUCCUCCUGUGAUGUUACUGCAGUGUUCUGUGUGAUUCUGGAAGGGAAAUAAGCACUUAAUUUUUCUUAGUCUCAAGCAUGCACUCUUUAGAAUGCUGUGUGUGACAAAGGCCCUGCAACGCGAGGUGGUUUCCUAACUCCAGAAAGGGUACCUUUGGAAAAGAAGCCUGCUGAAAAGCAAUUUUUUUUUUUAGUCUUCAAUACCUAAUUUGUUUUCUAGGGUAGAAGUGGUGUUCAGAUGUUAAAUAUUUUUAUUUAAUCUUUAAUUUACAAGGUUGAAGAUGUUUAUAUAUGUAACUAGAUCUGGUUUUCAGCUAAAAUUCUGCUUUUUAAAAUUGAAUUGAGGAUGUGACUGAAAGUGUAAGUGUUCCUCUUUUUUUUGCUCCAAAGAAUGCUAAUAUUUACAGUUCUAAAAUACUUCCAAAUACUAAAUUGUAACUGGCUUAAAGAUUAUAUAGAGCAAGGCUUGAAAUCCUUUGCUUAUAGAAGAAAUGGUAAUCAAGGUUUACAUUUUGCUUUUGUUAAAUCAUUGCUACUUUGAUAAUUCCACAUUUUAUAGACCAAUUUAUAAUGGAAGAGAGAUUUCAAUGGGAAAUUAAAAGUAUCCAUGGUGGGCAAAAGUGAAAGGAAGAGCUCCCUGCCUCUCUCAAUGUACUAUACAAGACAGCAAAAUUUUAAUAGGAAAGCAGCUUAGAAACAGAGUUAAAUAAAAUAAUAAUUGGUACAAGCUCAGACUAUAAAUUCUGUUUACAGCCUACAUCUACAGGCCUUGGUCAAAGCUCCAAUCAGCUUCAUAAUAGCAUAGAAACAGUUAAGAGCCUGACCUUUCAGUUAAUCCUUAGUGUCUUAGAUCUCAAUUCAGCAGUCUAUCCCUCUUCAGCAAAGUAUUUCUGUGCAUGCUGAACUUUAAGCAUGGGCCCAAGUCCUGUUGACAGCUGCAUUGGAAUUUAUAUACAUUAAUAAGGCCUUAAUUCAGCAAAGCAUUUAAAUGUGCUUAUUGUUAAAGAGGCAAAAAUGAGGGAUAAAUGCAGAGCAUUAUGGUAAAUUUUAAACUGUUUAGUCCAUUCUGAAUGUCUUACUACUUUGGUAAUCAGGCAUUUAGAAUGUUCCAUUUUGUUUAUACUAAUUUAAGACGUUAAAGUUACAAACCUUAAAAUUGGCCUGACUUAAGUGUUGGAGAAGUUCUUGGGGACUAAUAAUGUCAAAUUUAAUUAAGCAUGCCAGUUUUUCUAACUUAUGUACCAUUUAUUCCCUGUAAACAAACAACUGGAGAAUGGCUUUAAGUAAAUUUGUUUAAAAUAUGACAAAUGUCUGAAGGCAGAGCAUGAUCUGUUAACGCUUCAACUGUGUGACAUGGCAGCAGAAUAAAACUGGAAAGUGUCCACUGGAUGUUGCACAUUGUUUUUGAAACUGAUGCUAAGGAUGUACUGAGCAACAUGACAAACCCACAACACACUUUACUAAUAUCUAGAGGUAGAAUCUUAUUGUAGUUGCACUUAAAAGACAGUUAUGUAUCCAGUGUCUUUCAAAGGAUCACAGAACACUUCAUAAACCAACAGAUUAUUUCCUCACCAAGCAGUGACUGUGGUCGGGUCAAGAGACGAUACUCUACACACAAGCUUUACCCAUAGACCAUACCCCUAGUUAAGAACCAGUGGGGUAGAGUUAGAUCAUAGCAUUAACACUUGUGCGCUCUAGCUUUCAUUAGCAUUUUCCUACACAAGGAUGAGAAAAAGCAUUUGAGGAAAUUCAAUAACUUCUAUCUUGUCCACCUCAUUCAAAGAAGGUGGUGACUUGGCCAUGAGUGUUAGGUUAUUUUUAAAUUGUACUUCUAAACCUUAUGUAACCAUUGUAGUACUGCCCAAGGACAGAACAAGAUUCAGUGACUAGUAACUUACUGCUUUACCAGGAUUUUGAAAUUGCCUGAAUGCCUUUGGUAAAGCUGGUAAGAUUGUUCAAAGCAAUUGCACAAGGGUCAUUUGCUGUAGUCAUUUUUUGAUGGCAAGACAUGUUAUGGCACCUCUAAAGCAGAGAAACCUUUUCCGGAAUUUUAAAUAGCUUCCUCUAGAUGACUAGGUAUACAUCUGAGACUGUAAAAUUUUACUGUACAGGUAAGUGAAUAUCAAAAUUGAUUUAAGUUUUUCUGAAAGACAUUUAUUGAGUACAAAACUGAAACAUUCAGCCUUUUUAAAAAAAGGAUUACAUGCAAAGAAGUCAUAAAGGUAAAGGUUAAUUAACAUCCUGACUGGCUGAACAUUCAGAAUUUAAAUUAUCUGACUCCUAAUUUUGCAAAUAUAGAAUACUAAAAUUUAAAAAAUGUUUUUGCUUUUGAAUACUGGAGUCAUUACAGGAUUUGUUUUUCAUAGCAUUGAUAGCAACACGUUGUUUGGCCUCUUAGUAUUUUACAUAAAUUACAAACGUGACUUUCUACGAUAGGACAAAGGUAUAUGGUACACAA